AUGGCGGAAAUGGCGCAGCGAAUACUCAUGAAUGAGUUCAAGCAGCUGAGCAAGGAGAAAUGGACCAACAUUGAGCUUAUCAACGAAAAUGUCUUUGAGUGGAGUGUGGCCCUCAUUGUUAUGAAUGAGGAAUCCAUGUAUUACGGCGGCUACUUCAAGGCCAGGAUGACAUUUCCUCGCAACUACCCACAUAGCCCGCCAGACUUCAAGUUUAUCCGACCACUUUACCACCCAAACAUUUACCCUGACGGUCGCCUGUGCAUCUCCAUCCUCCACCCACCUGGCGAUGACGAAAUGUCCGGCGAGACUGCUGCGGAGCGUUGGUCGCCCGUGCAGCGAGUCGAAACAGUCCUUAUUUCCAUUCUCUCUCUAUUGGACGAUGCCGAGGUCUCUUCCCCUGCCAACGUCGACGCAGGUGUCAUGUUGCGUAACAAGCCAGCCGAAUACAAGGAGAUGGUCAAGAAGGAUCUUGAAUUGUCAAAGCAGGAUAUCCCAGAGGGUUUCGUCAUGCCAACCAACGAGACUGCGUGGAAGAAGGAGAAGGACGAAGGCGACUUUGAAAUGAGCUGGGAAGACAGCGAUGCUGAGAGCCUUGACUUUGGCGGCAGCGAAAGCGAAUUUGACGAGGAUCAAGAGAUGGACUCUGAGUUUGAGGGCGAAGACGACGAUGGCGAGGACGAAGAUGAGGAACAUGCUCCUUCGAAGCGCUAG